GGGGUGGGAAGGAAUGAAUCAUCCCGCCCCACUUCUCCUUCUCGGCUCGCGCCAGCCCCCUCCCAAAAUCCCGCGGCAGCCAGCAGGCGAAGUGGCAGCUCCAGCUCCGACUCACUGAGACCCCUGCGGCCUGCAGAGGAGAAGAGACGGACAGGACGGAAGGCCAAUGAGAACGCAGCUCUCACGGUCGCCGUCCGCUGAGCCUCGGCUCUCUGGAGGGGCGGGGCUAGCAGCGGGAAGGGGGCGGGCCCGGGGUGGAGCGCAGCGCGGAGGCUCCGCGGCUCACAGGGAGAGCGCGUCCUGGGGAGUAGGCGCCUAGGCGACGCGGGAAGGCGCCACCACCGCCGCCGCUGGCCAAGGUGCUGGACACCACAGGCCCAUCGGCUCCCACGCCAGGUCAGGCCCCCUCCACUGCAGCCGCUGCUGCCUCGCUUCCAGCCAGGUCCCCAUGGAAGAGAUGGAAGAAGAGUUAAAAUGCCCGGUGUGUGGGUCCUUCUAUCGGGAGCCCAUCAUCCUGCCCUGCUCUCACAAUUUAUGUCAGGCGUGCGCCCGCAACAUCCUGGUGCAGACCCCGGAGUCCGAGUCCCCCCAGAGCCGCCGGGCCUCGGGCUCUGGGGUUUCCGACUAUGAUUAUCUGGACCUGGACAAGAUGAGCCUGUACAGCGAGGCGGACAGCGGCUAUGGCUCCUACGGAGGUUUCGCCAGCGCUCCCACUACCCCGUGCCAGAAGUCGCCCAACGGCGUCCGCGUUUUCCCCCCUGCUAUGCCGCCACCGCCCACCCACCUGUCACCAGCUUUGGCCCCUGUGCCCCGCAACUCCUGCAUCACCUGCCCCCAGUGCCACCGCAGCCUCAUUCUGGAUGACCGGGGGCUCCGUGGCUUUCCAAAAAACCGCGUCCUGGAAGGGGUCAUCGACCGCUACCAACAGAGCAAAGCCGCGGCCCUCAAGUGCCAGCUCUGCGAGAAGGCCCCCAAGGAAGCCACGGUCAUGUGUGAACAGUGCGACGUCUUCUACUGCGACCCUUGCCGUCUGCGCUGCCACCCGCCCCGGGGUCCCCUAGCCAAACACCGUCUGGUGCCCCCGGCCCAGGGCCGCGUAAGCCGGCGGCUGAGCCCGCGCAAGGUCUCCACCUGCACAGACCAUGAGCUGGAGAACCACAGCAUGUACUGCGUGCAAUGCAAGAUGCCCGUGUGCUACCAGUGUCUGGAGGAGGGCAAACACUCCAGCCACGAAGUCAAGGCUUUGGGGGCUAUGUGGAAAUUGCACAAGAGCCAGCUUUCCCAGGCACUGAAUGGAUUGUCAGAUAGGGCCAAAGAAGCCAAGGAGUUCCUGGUGCAACUCCGCACCAUGGUGCAACAAAUCCAGGAAAACAGUGUGGAGUUCGAAGCCUGCUUAGUGGCCCAGUGUGAUGCUCUCAUUGAUGCCCUAAACCGAAGGAAGGCUCAGCUGCUGGCCCGGGUCAACAAGGAGCAUGAGCACAAGCUGAAGGUGGUUCGGGACCAGAUCUCUCAUUGCACAGUGAAACUGCGCCAAACCACGGGCCUCAUGGAGUACUGCUUGGAAGUGAUUAAGGAGAACGACCCCAGUGGCUUUCUGCAGAUUUCAGAUGCCCUCAUAAGGCGAGUUCACUUAACUGAGGACCAGUGGGGAAAAGGCACACUCACGCCCAGGAUGACCACGGACUUUGACCUGAGCCUGGACAACAGCCCUCUGCUGCAGUCCAUUCACCAGCUGGACUUCAUGCAAGUGAAAGCUUCCUCUCCAGUCCCAGCGACCCCCAUCCUACAGCUGGAGGAGUGCUGCACCCACAACAACAGCGCUACACUGUCCUGGAAACAGCCCCCUCUGUCCACAGUGGCUGCCGACGGAUACAUUCUGGAGCUGGAUGAUGGCAGUGGUGGUCAGUUCCGGGAAGUGUAUGUUGGAAAAGAAACAAUGUGCACAGUGGAUGGCCUUCACUUCAACAGCACAUACAACGCUCGGGUUAAAGCCUUCAACAAAACAGGAGUCAGCCCCUACAGCAAGACACUGGUCCUGCAGACGUCUGAGGCAGCGGGAGCCCAUGAGACAAAACCUAUGAAGGGAAGGUGACAUUUCUUAGUCUCUUUUCAAUGUUCACAAGAUACUGGUGUCUAUUAUUAGUUACAGGAUGUGGACCUGCAAUCCCCGUACCACAGUUACAGAAUUGGGGAUCAUUUUCUAAGUGAAACUAAUGGACCACAUUCUCUACGAACAAAGAAACUGUAUUGUAGAAAUCCAUUCCUCCAUGAAUUUUAUAUCAUAUAUAUUAUGUGCAUAUAUAAGGUAUGUAUGUGACUAUGAGUCACCCCGGCCAUCAAUGUAGAUAUAUCAGUGUUGUCUGUUACUGCCCACAAGUGAUUCGCUCAUGAUGAAAUAAAGUUCACACACAUUCUUUCUCCACACUUUGGUUUGUUCUAUUUGUUCUCCCUCAUUUAAGUAGUGGCACAAAAUUUAGGAAGUGAGGGGACAAAUUAUCAUUUCAAAGGAGACUUGAUCAAUCUGUUACAAAGGAGAAAGCCCAUCUCCUUAGAUCCUUUUCGGUUUUCUAAAAGUCAAUGAAAAAAUGGCAGAUAGAGAUCUGAGAAGCCUCUUGCACUUACUCUUUCUCCUGUUAUUUCUGGGAAGUUCACUUUGCAGUUUCUUGUUGUUUGUUUUGCUGGUUUGGGGCGGUUGGGUGGUUUGUUCUUGUUUUGUGAUAGUCUUUCACAUUCUCCUUAGCAAGGAUCUACAUCUUUCUAAACUUCAAAACAACAGGUCUGUACCUCAGAAGGGCACAUUUCAUACGUUACAGCAAGUCCAAGCUAAUGACAUACAUGAAGUACGUGUUUAAAUCACUUGUUACUAAUACUCUGUCACAAAACCCAGAGGUGACAUUACACAGGGUGGGAUCAAAUGUGUGCAUUGUUGUGAAUUCUGAUCAUACUCCCCAUAGUUGAGUGUGUCUGUCUGUCUGUCUGUCUGUCUGCCUGCCUGUCUAUCAGAGAGUAUUUGAUAAGUGGCCAUGGUGAUGCACAGUGGGCAGAAAGUACGGUGCCCCAUUCCCUUGCUGGGUGGAGCUUACAGGCUAGUAAGGGAGAUGGGUCUUAAAGAAACAUGCACAUAAGCUGAAAAGGAAAGACAACAAAUACAUAAUAAAAUUGGUCCAAAAAACCAAUACACAAUAAUUUAAGCCAAUGAAAAAUGCAGUGUUAUAUAGGUUCAAGUUAGGUUAGUCUACUGAAUGCAGACUUCUGGUUUCUGGGGAUGUGUCCAGGAUGGACACAUGAAUGAGGCCAGUCUCAGAUCUCAACCAAACUCUACUGACUUAAGAAAUAUAAACAUAAGCAAAUAUGAAUUUUAAUGAAAUGACUCUGACAGGAUAGCUCAGCAGGGAAAGGGGCUUGUCCUCUAGUCUGAGUACAUGAGUUCAAUCCUCAGGUAGGAAAGAACCAACUCCAGAAAAUUGUCCUCUGUCCACACAAGCAUGUCAGUGGCUCCCCCACACCAUAUGCAAGUAAUUGAAUAAGAAAAUAAAUAAAAUAUAAAACUUAUGAAGUAUUUUAAUGACAUAUUAAAAUAAGGCUCAUACACUUGGUUGUUUUUGUUUGUUGUUGUUUUCUAAUUAAUUCAUCAAAUAACUCUCCUGACUAUGUACUGCCUUUGAAGCCAUCUGCAAAGAGUCCUGGAACCAUUAUGUAACAAGGCUUUCUUAACACACUAUGUUCUGAGGCUCAUUCUGUGUGACAGACUACCCCCACCAAAAAUGUUCAGGCAAGGCUGAGAGGCUGAUGAGGAACUUCCUGUUUAUUUUCCCAUGAUUUCCCUCUGCCUGCCUGAGUCAACAGUACCUUCUGCUUGUCUGUCAUAAUCUGGAGAGACUGAGGUGCAACACAGGUAAUACCCCUGGGACCAUGGGGUCACUGUAAGGAAGGGUUUCCUAGGACUCUACUGUGUCUCCCAAGGCCAGGGAGCUCUUUAGUGUUCAUACCUGACAGUCUUCCAGAGGAGGUAGUGCUGCCUCCUUGAGCAUAGUAUAGGAUUAAGACCUCUACAUAAAACCUACUCUUUAUCUCUAGUUUCUGUGGAAGGUUCAUCUGGACAGGUUUACUUCUGGGCAUUUUUGAGGUCCUUGACCUGUGUUUCCAAAUUGCUUUCUAGAUAGACUGUAUACCAGGAGCAUGUAGAUCAUUCCAGAAUAGUAUAUCACUACAAUUCUUCUACCUUAAGGUUUAAUUUAAAAUAAUAGGAAGUCACUUCUAAAAAUAAAAAUGUUUCUAAAAUAAUUUGGCCAUAUGUGUUCAUAGAAUUACUACCGUGAUUGUUCCAUACCUAAUAGCCACAUGAAAUAAGUUGCAACACAUUGCACGGGGGGGGGGGGAGUGGGGAGGAUACAAGAUCUAAGGAGGUAGGAGAAGACUUCCCAGGAAAGAUGUAGUGGGAGAGAAAUCUAAGCAGACAGAAUUCAGCAGGCAAAACCCUCUGAAAUCUACUUUAACAGCAACAGUAAACCUGAUCAUUCCAAACUUGACCAGCUGAGCAUCUGGGUCUUGCCAGAAACCAACUUAGCCCCAUAUUCACAGAGAUGGCAUAAAGUCCAGCUCUCUCCUUUAAUUUGGGGACUUUGCUGCUCUUUUGCACACUCCCUGAGAGGUUGCUGAGAUCUGCAUGUGGCACCGCUCCUCUUUAAGCUGUUUGCCCUUCAGUCUAAAACACCAUCUUGAAACCAUGAAAUAAGAAGAAUGGCCUGUGGUUAGCAUGGGAGAAAGAUACAAAGUCCAGGCUUAUUGGUUCCUAAGUACCCAGUCUGCUCAUUGCAGCAACCCCAGCAGCCACAUUAGAGAAAA